UUGCAGAGCAGAGGCAGCAGAUCAUGGUAGCGGCUAAUUAAGCUGGACCAAUAUUAUGGCUGGAUUGCUGACGCUGGUAAACGAAUGGCUGAUCCGGGGGUUGGUCCUUUCGAGCUUUGUGGCAUACCUUGUCCUGGUCCUCUUUGCGGGAGUUCGACGGCGUAGAGCAUCUGGCUGGCGGAUGCUCCUCCUAUGGCCUGCAUACCAGGUUGCCAGCUUGGCUACGACCAAGGCACUAGCUAACUUGUUCCUUGGCAGCGCGUCUCAAGAGCUGCAGCUUGUGGCGUUCUGGACGCCUUUCCUCCUAAUGCACCUUGGCAGACCAGACAACAUCAGUGCCCUCUCUAUCGAGGAUAAUGUGCUUGCAGCGCGCCAAGUGCUAGAAGUCUCUUUACAGCUCGUAUCGGUCAUCUUUGUCCUAUACAAGCAUAUUGUUGUUGGUGGCAAUGCAGGGACCUUGCUGCCGGCGUCCUUCAUCAUGUUCUUCCUGGGCAUUGCCAAGUAUAUAGAGGGCACAGUGGCGCUAUGGCGGGGCGGCUUGGGAAAUAUCCGGAGCUCACUCAAGGGGCUGGAGCCCAUGGGCCUCUGUUCUUACUUGAUGAGUCGAGUUCGAGGCGAGGAGCUGGAUAACGAGCAAGCCCUGCUGGCCGCUCAUGGUCUAUUUUACGUCAGUAAGGGAGAAUUCACUGAUUAUCCGUUUGGCAAGAAUCCGCUCAGGCGCGACCUUACGCGGGAAAAAGAAUUCUCUGGUGGAUGGAAGGGCGUGUGCAAGAUGGUGGAGAUGGAACUUUCCCUCAUGUACGACAUCAUGUACACCAAGGCAGCAGUUGUCCAUACCUGGCCAGGUUACGGCCUCCGUGUCAUCUCGCCGCCCUGCACCGCGGCCGCGUUUGCGCUCUUCUGGCUACACAGCAAAGAAGGCCAGAGGAGCGCAGAUGUCGUAAUCACUUACAUCUUGCUGGUUGCAACCUUCAUCCUGGAUGUAAGAUGGCUGCUCGGAGCACUAGGGUCGACGUGGACAUAUGCCUUCAUCAACAACAGGUAUUGGCUCAAAAACUUUGUGGAGACAUGGAAGGGGCUCCGUCUCUUCCUCGUGUUUCUAGCCCCGUCUCGGCUCUUCAUCAAGGAGCCAACGAGUUACAGGAGGUGGUCGGGAGCCAUCGGGAGGUACAACCUGUUACACGAGUGCACUCGUGAAACCACCAGCCUACUCAGCAGACUGGUUAAGAACUUUGCAUCUACAGGCGUUUGGAUGGAAUACCAGUAUGGGUACUUGGAUGGCCUUGAAAUCUCACCAUUCAUCAGGGACUUGUUGUUUGAAAAAGUUUGGGAAAAGAUGAAGUCAUCAUAUCAACCAGACAAACCACCACCACCACCACCACCAGCGGCUGCACCACCGAAGCCAGGUGCUCAGCCGCCGCUGAAGCCAAAGCCACCGAUGCCAGAAGCAGUGCACGAUCCAAGAGGUGCUUUGGCGAAUCGUAGGAAACUAGACGAAGCUCUUGGGAUCGGCCCUGAAUUCCAAGAGGUCGUCCUCACAUGGCACAUCGCCACGGAAGUUUUUCUCUUGCGCAGGCCAAGAGAAGGAGUAUCGUUCAAUUACGAGUACGUCAAGGCAAUAAAAGAGCUAAGGCAAUAA